GGUAACAUCAUCUAAUGAUAAUCAUUUCUUGUUUCAACUUCGUCAGAUCAACUUAACCAAAAAGUUUAACGGUUAAUUAUUUAGUGUUCAUCCUCUUUACACAUUUACAGUUAGUUAACUACACUUGGAAAAAAUCAUGAAGUCGGUUAUCAUUUGUGUCUUUCUUAGCGCUAUGGUUUUUACCAUUGUCUCUGCUGCUGUUGACCCUUCGGCUCAAUCUCGCCAGGCCGCUUUAAAUGAGCGAAAGGCUCGAUUUGAUACCGAAAAAAAGGAAAUCACUGGUUUCAUGAACACCAAGAAUCUUUUCAAGACUGUUGUUAAAAUCUUAUUUGGUUCCAGUGAGGAAAGUGCGGCCACAGGUCGACAAGUUCUUAAUGUUCUAGUUGAGGUUCUCGAUAUGGUUCGAAAUUCAUUUGGUCAAAAGGCUCGAAGUUCAUCUUCACGAGGAUUAAAAGAUACCGUUGAUGGAGCCGCUUUCGCUGGUGCAACCAUGUUACGUGGUUACGUUAAAUCAUAUUUAGCUGGCGAUGAUCAUUGUGCUCAACGACAUUUGUGCGAAUCAUCAAAAGAGGCUGCACGAGAAGGACGUGAACUCGGUGGUGUUGUAGCUCAAGUUGGAGGUUAUGCCACUAGCUACCUUCUUCCUCAUCAGAAAUCAAUCCCAUCGAGUGCCAUUAGUGAGGCCGUUAGACGAGGACGAAGCAACGAAGAUUGUGCUAAGAUCUACUCAAAUUGUAACGAAACCUUGUAAACCAACUGACCACACUGACCUUGGACUUCUGGACACUAAGUUUGUGAUGGAACCAAAUCGUUGAAAAGCAUAAAUUGAAUCAAUUUAAGUUAAUCAAUAUUUUUCCUCCAUCUCUCUUUCUAUCUAAACAUCAACAACUUCUCAUACCACCGAUGACUUUUUUUUAAAUUGUUCCUUUUUCCAAAACCCACCUCAUCUUCAAUCACGAUUGGAUCACAAUUUCAGACAUUUUUCUUCCUCAUCACUUGGUAGAGUUUUAAAUAGAAAAUUAUUUAUCACAAAAUAAUGGUAAUAAUAAUUAUCUUCUUAAUCAAAGUUCCGAUUUUCCCACCUCGAGAUUUGAUCAAAACCACCGUCAUCAGGGACUACGAUCAAUGCCAAAGAUCAAACAAUUAGAUUUCUCAAUGAUCCGAAGUCACCUCUGAUCAGUCCUUCUAAUUAAUUUCCAUCAAUCAAAUGAUUAACUAAUUUUCCACCUUCCUAAUUAACUUAUAUUUAAAUGCACCAACAAUUAACUACAUAUUAUAAGCAACAAACUAAAUGAGUGAUUAACUAUCACCAUUUUUGAAAAAUCCUUUCAUUUUUGUUAUUAUUUUAUUAUGACAAUUACAUUAAAUUGCAAAACAAUAUUUUGUUAAUCAAAACAAGUUACAA